AUGUAUAAAAGUUUUAUCUUUUUUGGAUUACUUUCCUUGGCCGCUGCUGGUUCCAUUGGAGUUAGCACAAAAAAUUACGGCAUUGGUGAAGAAAAAGAGAAAGAAUUCGUAACCAUUGUUAAGUCUGCAGAAGAAAAACAACCAGAUGGUUCCUUCUCAUUUGCUUAUCAAGGAGCUGAUGGUAGUUUCCGUGAAGAAGUCGGUAAAGUUAUAAACCCAGGCACUGAUGACGAGGAACUUGUUGUUCACGGCACUUACCGCUAUGUGGAUGAAAAUGGUGAAGAAGUAGUUGUUAAAUAUACAGCUGGCAAACAUGGUUUCGUCCCAGAAGGUACCAAUAUACCAAAAGAAAUAUCUUUGGCAGCUGCAGCAGCUGCAGAAACUGCAAGGCUACAUCCAGAGGAUGUUUAG